AUGAAGCUCCUUCCGACCGUCUUCCUUCUCCUCCUCGUCUUCCUUGCAUUGGAUGAUGUGGAGGCCCGAGGCACACCUAGGGCUCAUCGUUCCAAUCACCAGUGGUCCAGCAUGUUCGUCUUCGGCGACGACUUUGUCGACAACGGCAACGUUCCCAACAUCGUCGGUGAGAAGACGUCGCGGCAGUGGAGCUACCCGUACGGCUCUUAUCGCAGCUCCAAUUGGUCUGGCGCUCCUGUUCCAACAGGACGCUUCUCCAACUACCGGAUGCAAUCAGAUUUUAUUGCAAGGAUGUUGGGCCUCGCUGAAGCCCCUCCAGCGUACAAGCUCACAUCAGACCAAUCUUGCGACUCAUCUGGCAUGACCUUCGCUGUUGGCGGCGCUGGUGUCUUCAAGGUGACGUCGACGGCAAAGAAGGUGCCGACCCUUGCUGCACAGGUUCAAGCUUUCAAGACGCUAGUCAACGACGAUGUCAUCUCAACACGACAGCUUCACCACUCGGUCGCACUCAUCGCCAUCUCCGGCAAUGACUACAUGAGCGGCUCCGAGGCCAAUAGUGGAUUCUACUCAAGCUUCGAUGAUCUUGAUACUUACAUGGGAAACGUGGCGACUGAGAUCCUAGAUAAUGUGGCGCAACUUCAGAUGCUUGGUGUGAGAAAGACUAGUUCGAACAACUACACCACAUGUGAUCUUCUCGGAAAUUAUGGCGCAUCGGUGCACAACAAGUAUCUAAAUCAAAUGAUCGGAGAAAGGGACAACGUCCACAUACUGGACCUCUACUCUGCCUUCACCGACAUCGUGAACCACGCCCCUGGUGAAGGGUCGGAUCGGUCCAAGGACUUCAAGCGCAAGCUGACCCCGUGUUGCGAGAGUUCCUAUGAGGGAGGGUACUGUGGAGAGCGUAGCAGUUCAGGGAAGCACCUCUACGACCUAUGUGAUAAUCCCGACAAGAGGUUCUACUGGGACGAGGCACACCCAACACAUGCUGGGUGGGAGGCAGUAAUGGAGGCGCUGGAGCAACCUUUGAUGGAAUUUCUCGAUCAGGACUAUGUUCCAUGA